AAUGAAAUUAGAUGAAAUAAAAAAUUGUUUCAAUUCUGAAAAUCAUUAUAGAGAGAUAAAGCAAGUCAGAGAUUAAAUUGUAGAAAACAAUAUGUAUAGAAAUUUCUAUAAUAAAAGUGAAAUAACUUAAAGAGUACUUUAAGCAGUAGGUAACAUUUUGGAUGAUGUUUAAUCGUUGCCAAUUUAGAGGGUAUUAUCUACUAGAGUAAUAUAUAAUCAAUUAUUCAGUUAGUGAAAGAAAUAAUGGAUUUUCAUAUUGCUUUGGUAAUUGAAAAAGUAUAAAUUAAAAUCAUUCCAAUUUAUGAACAAAUUCUAAUUGGUUAUUGUGAGAAAGGACAAAAAGCAAAGCAAUACUUUUCGGAAUAACCUGGUAGAUGCUAUAUAUAUAUAUUAAAGAUGAGUAACUCAUGGUUCUUGGUAACACAUUUAUUAGAUUGAUAAGUGAAUGUUUAUUUGUUUGGAAUAUCUGGCAUCCAAGCAUAGAUGGAUAAUAAUCAGCAUAUUCAAGAGUGUAAUAUAGAAAUUAUCUAUUUUAGAUAUAAUCAUUUAGUUGCAAAAGGAAUGCAAUUUCCUAAACUAUUUUAUUUUAGUUCUUAAAAAGUGAAGGAAUUCUAUAUUCAAUCUAAAGAAUAAAUCAAUAAUUCUCCAUUUGUUUACUCAAAUAAUAUUUAACCUGAUUUUUUCUAUAUUAAGAAAAGAUUAGAUGGAAACCAAUUCUAAAAAAAUGAUCUUAUUAUCAUUAGGAAUGAAUUACUUUGUAAUUUAUUCAAAAUAAUAUCUUUUAGCCUUAAAAAAUAGUCAACUUAAUCCUAGUUAAGAAAAAUUUAUUAAAAAUUUUGAAAUAGCUUUUAAAGACUUUGAAAAAACUUAAAGAUUUGAUGAAUUAUAAAUUACAAUUUAAUCAAUGUAAAGUUUUCAAUUUCAUUUUUAAGUUGUUUAGAGUUUGAUGAUGAAGUUUUUGAUAAAUAAGCAGCCAUGGAUGCAUUUUAAAAGAGGUAUCAUUCAAAUUAAAGCAAUUUUACACCAUCCAAAUUAUAAGGAGCAGGUGGAUAUUCUACUGAUAAGAUUAGUCAAUUUUAUUCUCAUGGAAGUAUGAGUGUAAUAAAUAUAUUUGAUAUUCAUGUAGUCACAAAAUUCCUCACCUAAUGAUUAGAAAUAGUAAUUACAAAUUUUAAAUGAAAAAAAUAGAAAAAUUGAAUAGUUGUUAUUAGAAAACUCUCUUAUGUAGAAAUAAAUCAAAAACUUUGAAGAUUAGAUUCACAGUCUCAAACAAAAUCUAUCCUAAAAUAGUGAGUGA